AGCUUGCCAGUCGUAUCGAGGGAAUGAUGGGCAUCUGAGGCCAUCCGGCAAAAAAAAAAAAAAAAAAAAAAAAAAAAGAUUUCAACGUGUCAUCAGAAAGGGGAUAAGAAGAACCCAUCUACAGCUGACAUGAGGCUACCGAGCGGCGUCUUUCGGGAGCGGAGGGCUGCGGAGUUGCCCGAGAAGGAGUCCGAGGAAGCCACGGAGCCAGCACACCAUGAGCACCCCCACAAGGAACACCAUGAGCACUCCGAGCAUCAUCCCAGCCACGACUAUGACCACAUGAAGAAUAAAUUCAUGAAUGAACUGGACCAUCUACCCAUUCCCAUGUGGGCAGUCGGAGCCAUUGUAGUGGUGGUCCUAGUGUUAGUGGCGUGUUUCAUCUUUUGCGUUUUCAAAAAAUGUUUUGGGAAGAAGAAAAAGCCCAAGAAAGUGCGAGAGAAGAAGGCGGGACGCCGCAGGAAGGCAAAGGAAGGCGAAGGCGAGACAGGAGAGAAGGAAGGUGAGGUGAAAAAAGAAGGUGAGGAAGAGGAAAAGGAGCAGGAAAAAUUAGGCAAAUUGGAGUUUUCUUUGGACUACAACUUCACGGAUUCCCAGCUCAUUGUGGGAAUACUUCAGGCUCAGGAUUUGGCUGCUAUGGACAUGGGGGGAACCUCAGACCCUUAUGUCAAAGUCUUCCUCUUACCGGACAAAAAGAAGAAGUAUGAAACCAAAGUUCAGCGCAAGAACUUGUGUCCGGUUUUUAACGAGACUUUCUUUUUUAAGAUUCCAUAUGCAGAAUUAGGAGGAAAAACAUUAGUGCUUCAGGUCUUUGAUUUCGAUCGCUUUUCCAAGCACGAUAUGAUCGGUGAUAUCAAGAUCCCUAUGAACAGCGUUGAUCUGGGUCAACCCAUUCAACAGUGGAGGGACUUGGAAAGCGUGGAAAAGGAAGAGGAAAAACUGGGUGAUGUCUGUAUCUCCCUGAGAUACGUCCCCACUGCUGGGAAACUCACAGUGAACAUAAUGGAGGCAAAGAAUCUAAAGAAAAUGGAUGUCGGGGGAUUGUCAGAUCCAUACGUGAAGAUUGUCCUGCAGCAAAAUGGAAAACGAAUCAAAAAGAAGAAGACAACAGUCAAAAAGAACACACUCAAUCCCUACUUUAAUGAGAGUUUCAGCUUUGAUGUCCCCUUCGAACAGAUACAGAAAGUGCAGGUGGUCAUCACGGUGUACGAUUACGAUAAAUUGGGGAGCAACGACCCCAUCGGUAAGACCUUCAUGGGUUACGGAGCAACAGGUGUGGGCCUGCGUCAUUGGUCGGACAUGCUGGCCAAUCCUAGACGACCUGUAGCCCAGUGGCACACGCUGUUGCCGGAGGAGGAAGUUGACGCGGCGGUCAAAGCUAAACCUCGCUAAAGAGAUUUUCCUUUUUUUUUUUUUUUUUGUGAUUGUGUCUUCCUUUUGAUUGGAAUGUUUUUACAUCAGUCUAGGAGACUCUGGUUAACAUGAUUGAAUGCCUGAGAAUAAAUCACAGUCUUUUCUGGUAAAAUGGGCAUAUGUUUUAAAUAAUAGAAGCACUACAUUCCUUGUUUCUUUAUUUUGUUAUUUUUUUAAUAGCCUGAUUCUUGCAGAAUUGUUUUCCCUGCAUGAUAUUCCUUUUGUAAACAUGUAUGGCUCUGAUUUUUUUUUUUAAACAUAGACCUAUUUGUUAAUAAGACCACAUAUUUAUUCCUUUGUGUAUAUCUGUAUGUCACUUGAGUUAAAACAAAUUUAAAUGUGUUUAUGUAUGAGUGUAUAUGCAGUUGUACAUCUGUUAGUAUUGUGGAUAUUUCAUUUUAAUUCUGUAUUUUAAUUCCAAAUCUGUUUACAAAUCUGAAUUGCAUAGUCAAAUAUGAAUUGAUAUUCUCUAGGGCUGUCAAAAUUAUCGCCUUAACGGGCGGUAAUUAAUUUUUCAAAUUAAUCACGUUAAAAUAUUUGACGCAAUUAACACACAUGCCCCGCUCAAACAGACUAAAAUGACAGUACAGUGUAAUGUCCGCUUGUUACUUGUUUUUUGGCGUUCGGGUCCAACUGAUUUUAUGGGUUAGUACCAUGAGUGAGCAUGGUGUAAUUAUUGACAUCAACAAUGGCGAGCUACUGGUUUAUUUUUUGAUUGAAAAUUUUACAAAUUUUAAUAAAACGAAAACAUUAAGAGGAAUUUUAAUAUAAAAAUUCUAUAACUUGUACUAACAUUUAUCUUUUAAGAACUACAAGUCUUUGUAUCCAUGGAUCGCUUUAAGAGAAUGUUAAUAAUGUUAAUGCCAUCAUGUUGAUUUAUUGUUAUAAUAAACAAAUACAGUACUUAUGUACCGUAUGUUGAAUGCAUAUAUCCGUCUUGUGUCUUAUCUUUCCAUUCCAACAAUAAUUUACAGAAAAAUAUGGCAUAUUUUAUAGAUGGUUUGAAUUGCGAAUAAUUACGAUUAAUUACUUUUUAAGCUGUAAUUAACUCGAUUAAAAAUGUUAAUGAUUUGACAGCCCUAAUAUUCUCAGAUCAUUUCCACUAUUGGUGUGUUUUUAGA